AUGGUCGAGUCCGCAUAUAGCAUUCUCACAACGGGCUUUUUUAUCAGACUGGCAGUGCCAGCUCUGUAUCCACAGAUCACGUCAAUUCUCGAUAACUCGGUGCUGUUUUCGACGCCUAUAUCCUCGUUCAGAUCACUGCAAGAGGGAGUGUUCUUGCUCACAAAUAACAUUGAUCCGUAUGCUGGCGAGGUGGUUCAUUUUCCCCCGCUUCUCCUGGUGCUAUUUUCUAGGCUAAGACACUUGAAUGUCGUUUUUGCAGCCCUCGACUCUUUCAUAGGGUUCCUUUUGGUGCAGAUCAAUAAAAAUACGAAAUACUCCACAAAGUUCAGCUCAGGGGUGGUGGCCACCUUUUAUGCAUUCAACCCAUUGGCUAUCCUGUCAACCCUGUCCAAAUCAACGACAGUGGUCAACAAUCUUUCUCUGAUUCUGCUAUUCCAUUUUACUCUACAAAACAAGUUCAAGGCUUCGAUCGUGACCUUGGCAGUUUCCACAUAUCUGACUUACUACAAUUGGUAUUUUAUUGUGCCUUUGAUGUUCUCUGUCUAUCAAUCUACGCACUCACAACAGGCAGUGGUACGCUCAGUCAUCCUAUACGUCGCCUCCGUCUCAGCCUUGUUGUAUUCAAGUUACAUCUUGACAAACAACUCGCUUCGAUUCUUGUAUCUCAACUAUGCUUCCAUUGUGCUUUUCAAGAAAAUUGUGCCCAACAUAGGCCUGUGGUGGUAUUUCUUCACGGAGAUCUUUGACUUCUUCAGCAGCUUCUAUCUCUCUGUGUUCAACAUAUAUUCGUUUAUUUUUGUCGUGCCUCUGGCCACGAGGUUCCGCAACGACUUGCUAUUUGCUUCGUGGAUUCUUGCUGGAUUCUUGAAUUUUGCCAAAGCGUACCCUACAGUGACCGAUCUGAACCUGUUUUACUCGAUGCUGAUCUUAUUCAAGGUUUACUACAAGAAGCUCAGAUUCUCUCCGUUCCUUAGUUACCUCGGAGUGAUUUUAAUUCUCACUUUGCUGCCGGUGUUCUACUACGUCUGGAUGAGCCUCAACUCCGGAAAUGCGAACUUUUUCUACGCCAUCGGCUUGGUGCUAAGCAUUUUGCAAACAAUCAUAGUUUCAGACUUUUUGUGGUCCAAGAUUCAAACCGAGUAUUUCGAAUCUAAAAAUCUCAAUAUCGACACGAUCGUGAAGCUCACACAGAUUUAA